AUAGAUAGCUUUUGUGCAAGAAAUAUAAACUUCGAAUGUCUUAAAAAAAUUUGCAUAAAGUUUUUCCAAUUUCACAUUCAGUCCCACUGUUUUUUUAUCGCUUUUCAGCUUUCGUAUAUGCAAUAUUCAUUACUCCAACAUUUUUGUUCAUUGAUGAGGAUUGGCCACUGGAAAAAGCGUUGCCAGUCACUAUAUGCCCAACUCAAUCGAAACUCAAAAUUCUUUCUGAUGGAAAAUGCAGAUGGAACUCGAUGGCAAAGUUUCAGUCUCGUUUUGGGCAAUAGUUAUGAAAGAGAAAAUCUAGAAAUUCAAAUAAUAGAUGUUAACGACAACAUACCAAUAUUUCAACCAAUGCGCUCAUAUUUUAAUGUAUCAGAGAAUGCUGCAACUGGUACUGCGAUUGGUGUGGUAAAGACUUUUGAUCCUGAUACUGGAAUCGGUGGUGUAGCGAAAUUUUUUAUUGAGGAUGAUAGAUUUUCGGCAGACAAAAGUAAAUGUUCGAGGUCGUAUUGCACAUCAACUAUACGGAUCGCAAAACCAUUGGAUUUCGAAUCAGAACCAGUGAUUAAUACAACUAUUGUCGUUCAAGAUGGCGCUGGUCGUACAAGAGAAUCAAAUGAAGCUAAAAAACCAGUAGUAUUUUUGAAUACUUUAAGCAUGCCACCGGUGUUUGAAAAUGAUGUUUCGGAAAUAAUUGUGGAUGAAAAAUGUAAAAUAGGCGAAAAAAUAUUCCGAAUUCGAGCUAUUGAUGGCGAUAAAUCAGCUCAACCACAAAGUCGAAUUCGAUAUUCUAUCAGUGAUAAUAAUUUUUUCGACAUUGAAACGUUAUCAGGUUGGAUCAUAUUGAAAAAAGAUCUCAAUCAGCACUCUACGGAUUCUAUUAAAAUAAUAGUCAAGUUUAUUUUUAUAUUUUCUAUACAAUUUACAUCAAUAUUAAUAUGGUUUAAGAUGAUCUUAACGCCACUUUCAAAUUCAACAAUAAUCGGCAACUGUGCAAUUUCUGUUGAAAUCGUUGAUAAGAAUGAUAAUAUUCCCAAAUUCCAGUCAUCGUUAAAUCGUCUUAGUGUUAUGGAAAAUAAGCUACCUCAUGUCGUUGAUGCAGAUUCAGAUUUAUUUUCAAAGAUUGUUUAUCGAAUCGUUGGUUACGAUUCCGACAAUUUUACAAUCGAUCAGAACGGGACAUUGUUCUCAAACGGCAUAUUUGAUCGUGAAAAUAAAAAUAAAUAUUAUAUAACAAUUGAAGCUACCGACGAUUCUGGUAAAGGAUUAAGCAUAUCGAGAGAACUAAUCGUCGAAAUUGCUGAUGAAAACGAUAAUGCACCUAAAUUCUCUCAAAACGAUUACAAGAUGGAAUUUAACGAGGAAUCUCAACAUAGAUUUAUUGCAACUGAUGCAGAUGAGGGCAAUAAUGGAAUGAUCAAAUAUUCAUUAGUAAACAAUACCCAUUUUGGAAUCAAUAUAGAUCAGCGUUCCGGCGAAAUUCAACUUCCAAAAUUUGAUGCUGAAUCUAUGGAAAAACUGAAUUUUACGCUAAAAGUGAAGGCUAGCGACAUGGGAGUGGUUUCUUUACAUUCAUAUACUUACAUACAGAUUUUUAUUAAAGAUAUCAACGAUAAUGCGCCAAUUUUCUUGGACAGAUUUGUCAUUGUGAAUGUCAGUUGUAAUUUUCUUGGCACAAUUGCUCAAGUUAAAGCUUUUGAUUUCGACAGGACGACUGCAAAUAAUCAGAUCACCUAUAUCAUUGAUCCUCUGUCCACUGAAUUUCACGUCGAUCCAUUCAAUGGAAAUAUAACAAUGAAAAAACCAUUUAACAAUAACAAUAAAACUUUCGCGCAAAUUGAAAUCGUGGCAAAGGAUAACGGUGUUCCUCAACUCUAUUCCAAGGCACAACUUUUUGUGCACUUCAAAGAAUCAGUUAUACACCUAAAAGAACCUCAUGCACGGGUGGAAAUUUUUGAAAAUGCUACCACUGGGACGACAGUUUAUGAACCAGUUGUGAUUAAUCCAUCUUCCAAAAUGGAAUUUAUAAUGGAUGAAUUAAUUAACGUAACUUGGACACGCCAGCCUGGCAAACAAUGGAAGUGGCUUAAUAUCGAUCGGCACAAUGGAUCCAUCUACCUGGAACAGAUGAUUGAUGGCGAUAUGGUGGAUCAAUUAGAUAUAAGUUUCGUAGUAAUCGAUAAAGAAAAAAGUACUUCUGGAAGAGGUAAUAUAAAAGAGUUCUUUAUAAUGGACAUUAUUGGUUCUUUCAUUAUUGGUCAAUUGACCGCAAUCCUAAAUGUAAAAGCUAUUGAUCUGGAUAAAUCUGAUCACAUCCGCUAUUCACUUGUGGCCAUUGAUGGAAUCGAUGGGUAUUUGUCGAUAAAUAAUGAAGGCGAUAUCGCUUUAGCAACAAAACUCGAUUAUAAAUCCGUAUAUUUGAUAACUUCUACUGUUUUGGCCAAAGAUGAAAUCGGAAACGUGGCGGCCGCUAAUGUUUCAAUAUUCAUCAUGGAUAUUAAUAGUAAUACACGACCACUACCAGAGUUUCGACCUUCUUCCAUCUUCGAAGCAUAUGUUGAAGAAUCAGCGCCAGUUGGAACAAAACUUAAUCUAUCUUAUCCUAUGGCAUAUAUAGGAGAUUCAAGAACAUAUGGUCAAAUCAAAUAUUCUUUAGUCCGAGGAAUCAAAUUUUUUGCAAUCAAUAGUUUAACAUCGGAGAUUUCGCUUAAGAAACAAAUUGAUUUUGAACAACAAAAGAUUCAUUCAUUAAUUGUCAAAGCAUCUGUCUUUUCCCGAAUUGGAAACAUUACUGAAGCUUUUGCAUCGGUGAAAAUUUAUGUUUUGGAUGUUAAUGAUAAUCCACCAAGAUUCUUUCCAUCGGAACUGCCACUUUUGAUGGUCGCCGAAGAUAAACCUAUAGGAUCAACAAUUAUCAAAUUAAAUGCUACGGAUCUUGAUUCAGGAAAGAAUGGUGAAGUGUCCUUCUAUUCAAGUACUUCCGACUUAUUUACUUUAUCCAUUAGUGGUGUUGUAACUCUUUCUUCGCCAUUGUUCGGAAAAGCCAGAAAGAAGUCUUGUUUUACUGUUGUUGCUCGUGAUCAUGGAUUACCACACUUGCAAACAAGCGCUGAUUUAUGUAUUCUAAUUGUUCAAGCGGAGAUGAUUGGAGAUGACCUUUAUAUUUUAUGGCCAGAAGAUAGUUCUAUUCACUACUUCGAUGAGGUUUCUUAUCGUUUAUUCAAUUUCAAUAAAAUCUUUAAUUUUGAGGAACAAAAACUGUUUGAAUUAAAAAUAAAGAUUUGUAUUUCAAAUAGGUGCACACAAUUGAAUAUUUUCAUUGCGAUUAACGAUUUGAACGAUUUUUGCCCAGAAUUUAAGCAAAAUGUUGGCACAGAUGGAAAUGAAGUGCUUGUUGGUACUUUUCCUAGUGCUGUAGAUAUGGAUGGUUCAAAGAAUCAUCGAAGUAUUUGCUAUAAACUAAAUGAAUCAGGAACAUUUUUCUUGCGAAAUAUUUCAUCGAACAAUAUAUUUACAAGAGAAUCUUUUGAUCGAGAGCGUAUCGCUCGUUACAAUAUCACUGUGAUGGCCUUUGAUUGCAAAAAAUCGUGUAAAGAUAGUCGAAAAUCCGUGCAGAAUCGUAUCAUUUUAAUUAUCGACGUCGAAGAUGUCAACGAUAACUUUCCACGAUUUCAACGUCGAAUAUUUCAUAGCGGUAUUAUUCAGGGUCAUGUAAGACCUGGAGAUAAAAUAAUGGAAGUUAGGGCUGAUGAUGCCGAUACCGAGUCGAAUGGCCUUAUUUAUGAAAUUAAAGGUAUUAUGAAAAAGAAUGAUCAGGUUAGAAUUCGUUCUUUUGUUUAUAAAAGGCCGUUUGAACUGAAUUCAUCGACAGGCGAAAUUUACUCUAAUUCAUAUCUUGAAACCGGCGAAUCCACUUCAUUCAGCUUUUAUGUUACAGUAAUUGAUAAUGCUCAUCAUGAAGACGAAGCACUUGUUACGGUAUCUUUUCUCUUUAUAUUUUCCAUUAUAUGA